AUGAGUAGAAGCAAAUGCCCAGUGGGACUGAUGCCUUCCGUGGUGGCCCCCGCUAAGGAGCCCAACGCCCUGUGCCCGAAGGCGGUGGAACUUGUCCUGGUCAAGGAACAGAAUGGGGUGCAGCUCACCAACUCCACCCUCGUCAACUCUCCACAGACCCCCGUGGAGCCCCAGGAGCGGGAGACCUGGAGCAAGAAGAUAGACUUCCUCCUCUCGGUGAUUGGCUUCGCUGUGGACCUGGCCAACGUCUGGAGGUUUCCUUACCUGUGUUACAAAAACGGCGGGGGAGCCUUCCUGGUCCCCUACCUGCUCUUCAUGGUCAUUGCGGGGAUGCCGCUCUUCUACAUGGAGCUGGCCCUCGGGCAAUUCAACAGGGAGGGGGCUGCCGGCGUCUGGAAGAUCUGCCCUGUGCUCAAAGGUGUGGGCUUCACGGUCAUCCUGAUCUCGCUCUACGUUGGCUUCUUCUACAACGUCAUCAUCGCCUGGGCACUGCAUUACUUCUUCUCCUCUUUCACCAUGGAGCUGCCCUGGACUCACUGCAACAACACCUGGAACAGCCCCAACUGCACAGACGCCUACUUAGGCAACACCAGUGACGGCUCAGGCCUCAACGACAGCUUCAGGACCACGCCUGCCGCCGAGUACUUUGAGCGCGGCGUACUGCACCUCCAUGAGAGCCGCGGCAUCGGAGACCUGGGCCCUCCCCGCUGGCAGCUCACAUCAUGCCUGGUGCUGGUCAUCGUCCUGCUCUACUUCAGCCUGUGGAAGGGAGUGAAGACUUCGGGGAAGGUCGUGUGGAUCACGGCCACCAUGCCAUACGUGGUCCUUUUUGCCUUGCUCCUGCGAGGAAUCACUCUCCCCGGAGCCAUGGACGGCAUCAGAGCAUACCUGAGCGUUGACUUCCGUCGGCUCUGUGAAGCGUCCGUUUGGAUCGACGCUGCCACCCAGAUAUGCUUCUCACUGGGCAUUGGGUUUGGGGUGCUAAUCGCCUUCUCCAGUUACAAUAAAUUCACCAACAACUGCUACAGAGACGCCAUCAUCACCACCUCAGUCAACUCCCUGACGAGCUUCUCCUCGGGGUUCGUGGUCUUCUCCUUCCUGGGGUACAUGGCCCAGAAGCACAGUGUGCCCAUCGGGGACGUGGCCAAAGAUGGGCCAGGGCUGAUUUUCAUCAUCUACCCCGAGGCUCUGGCCACGCUUCCACUGUCCUCUGCCUGGGCUGUGGUUUUCUUCAUCAUGCUGCUCACCCUGGGGAUCGACAGCGCCAUGGGCGGGAUGGAGUCAGUGAUCACCGGGCUCAUUGAUGAGUUCCAGCUGCUGCACAGGCACCGGGAGCUCUUCACCCUCUUCAUCGUCCUGGUCACCUUCCUCCUCUCCCUCUUCUGCGUCACCAAUGGCGGCAUCUAUGUCUUCACACUGCUGGACCACUUUGCAGCCGGCACGUCCAUUCUCUUUGGGGUGCUCAUCGAGGCCAUUGGGGUGGCCUGGUUCUACGGUGUGCGGCAGUUUAGCGAUGACAUCAAGCAGAUGACCGGGCAGCGGCCCAGCCUCUACUGGCGACUGUGCUGGAAGUUCGUCAGCCCCUGCUUCCUCCUGUUUGUGGUCGUGGUCAGCAUCGUGACCUUCAGGCCCCCGCACUACGGAGACUACGUCUUCCCUGAGUGGGCCAACGCACUGGGCUGGGCCAUCGCAGCGUCCUCCAUGUCCAUGGUGCCCAUCUACGCGGCCUACAAGUUCUGCAGCUUGUCCGGGUCCCUGCGGGAGAAAGUGGCCCACGCCAUCACCCCAGAGAAAGAGCGCGAGCUGGUGGACAGCGGGGAGGUGCGCCAGUUCACGCUGCACCACUGGCUCAUUGUGUAG